UCAGUCAGUCAGUCAGUCAGUCAGUCAGUCUGUCAGUCAGUCAGUCAGCAUCGAGGCAGGAUGGAGCUCACAGGAUUCCUCCUCACGCUCUCCUCUCUGACGGUCUCUCCAAACAGAUCUCAGUUCUUUAAGUACGAGUCUCUCUCUCUGAGCUGUGAAGAGAACAGAAACUCCUCAGGAUGGAGAGUAAGGGCCAAAACAGUGCGAGGAGUUUCAGAGUGUGGACUUGACUGGGGCUCCAUACAAGCAUCGUCCUGCAUCAUCACUGAAGCGUACCAGUGGAACAGUGGAGUGUACUGGUGUGAAUCCCCAUCAGGAGAGACGAGCUCAGCUGUCAACAUCACUGUCACAGACAAUAAUGUGAUCCUGGAGAGUCCUCUGCAUCCUGUGAUGGAGGGAGAAUCUGUGACUCUGCGUUGCACAACUCAGAGCAACUCAUCAAGUCUGCAAGCCAGCAGCUUUAUGAAGGACAGAUCACGUUUCCAUGAAGCCAUCACUGGACAGAUAACUAUCCCUGCAGCGUCCAAGUCUGAUGAAGGUCUUUAUAUGUGCGUGAUCACUGAUGUGGGGGCGUCAACAGAGAGCUGGCUCUCUGUCAGAGGUGUGACAGAGCAGAAAACAAGGGCCACAGAGCAAGCCAAAGAGGAGGAGGGAGCGGGUCAACCAACUGAGGGUUCAAUCCCAAAUGUGACAGAAGCUCCUGAUGUUUCUGCAGCUCCCCCCCUAUCUGUCUUCAGAGUCAUGUGUCAUCUAGCUACGGGAGCUCCUUACCUGCUGUCCACCAUCUUACUGGGUCUCAUAUACAGAGACACUAAUAAAGGUGUUGGUGUUUGUGCGUCCGCAGCACAGGCAGCACAGGAGACGACAAACAAUGAUGAUGUCCUGAUGGAAGAAAUCUAACAAUGUGAUUUACUGUGAACCUUCUUUAUGCUGCAGUGUCAUUGGUGUGCUUCACAAAAUUACAGAAUGCCAAAACACAUGCAUGUGUUGACAGAAAUACAUAAUAAUCACUGUUAGUGUACUUUGUGGUUCCAAUAUGUCAGUUUUAUACUUUUAUAUUAAACAUCUUUUUCAUUAA